AUGGGUGAGGGUAGUAAAAGGAUGCGGGAGUCUGAUCUUCUGGAGAUGCGGACACUACCAAAAGUAUUCCCACAGCACCCAUUUGCACGGCAUACGGUUGGGCUUGGUGCAGGCGAAAGUGCUACGCCCCUCUCCGCUGCCAGCAGCAGUAAUAAUCUUUUGGGAGUUAAAGUACUAGGCAUUUACUGUUCUCGCACAACAGGUACUUCAACUAGUAAGAGUGGUGAUAAUAAUGCUAAUGGUAAUGAUGAUAAUGAUGAUGUUAGCACCAAUUUAAAAAUCAAGGAAGAGAAGGAAAUCUCAGCUGAUGAGGUUAUGUCUAAUCUAGAAAGUAGUGGACAGCAGUCCAGUGAAAAACGUCAUAUUUAUGUUCGUAUCCAAUUUGAUAAAGUCCUUAUUGAUACAUUACCUCUGGAGGUAAUGCGGGAAAAAUACCCACAAGUACUCAUAGAUUUUCUACUUUCCACAGCUGUUUGGACGUAA